UAGGAAGGAGCCGGGGCUGCAGCCGGAGCGGAGCCGCUGCCAGCCGAGGAGCAGGCGCGGCCGCGGCGCCAUAUUGCGGCCCUCAGCGGCCGCGACCGAGUCAUGGCCGAGACCUACGACUUCCUCUUCAAAUUCCUGGUGAUCGGCAGUGCGGGAACUGGCAAAUCAUGUCUCCUUCAUCAGUUCAUUGAGAAUAAGUUCAAACAGGACUCCAACCACACGAUCGGCGUGGAGUUUGGAUCCCGGGUGGUCAAUGUGGGUGGGAAGACAGUGAAGCUACAGAUCUGGGACACGGCUGGCCAGGAGCGGUUUCGGUCGGUGACCCGGAGUUACUACCGAGGGGCGGCGGGAGCCCUGCUGGUGUAUGACAUCACCAGCCGGGAGACUUACAACUCGCUGGCCGCCUGGCUGACCGACGCCCGCACUCUGGCCAGCCCCAAUAUCGUGGUCAUCCUCUGUGGGAACAAGAAAGACCUGGACCCUGAGCGUGAGGUCACUUUCCUGGAGGCCUCCCGCUUUGCCCAGGAGAACGAGCUGAUGUUCUUGGAAACGAGUGCGCUCACGGGCGAGAACGUGGAGGAGGCCUUCCUGAAGUGUGCCCGCACCAUCCUCAACAAGAUCGACUCAGGCGAGCUGGACCCCGAGAGGAUGGGCUCCGGCAUCCAGUAUGGCGAUGCCUCACUUCGCCAGCUGCGGCAGCCGCGGAGCGCUCAGGCCGUGACCCCUCAGCCCUGUGGCUGCUGAGACCUGUGGAGCCAGCUCACCUGUUCUCCAGGACCAGCCCUGUCCUUCUGGCUGGGGCCCACGUCCGGGCCCCAGGAAGCCGUGUCCCAGCUGCCCUGGCCCCAGAGAAGCUGCCCCGCCACCUGUCCCCCUUCCCUGGCCUGGUAGGGCCUGGCUUUGGGGCAAGACUGAGCCACGGGGGAAGGGGGAACCUGUACCUGCUGCUGCUUCCUCUGUCUUGGCUAACCUCUGUCCCCCCUGGAUCCCUAACCACACCCCAAGAGCUCCCAAAGCCUGAGACCAGGGCCAUUCGGCCCCCAGUCCCCGCCUGGUCCUGUUGUCGCGAGUACGUGUUAUUUAUUACCUGGAGGCCUGUCCCUUCCCCUCCCGACCCCCAUAAAGCAUUGUUUACACCUGU